CAGUUUCAAGUCUCGUCGGUCCAAGUGGUGUGCGCUUGUCAAGUUUUUUGGUUUCAAAAGUGCUUCUCCCCCUUUUUGCUCAAUCUCAGAUUCGGGUUACGUUUCGUCGAGCAACAACAACAACAACAACAACAAACGGCUAAAAACGUUAUUACGAAACAACAACAACAAACAAACAAACAAAAACAACCACACAAUGAAGAAAUUUUUAGUUGUAUUUGUGGCAUUAUUCGGAGCCGCUGUGGCCCAACAGAGCUUCAAAUGCCCCGAUGAUUUUGGUUUCUAUCCACACGAUACGUCCUGCGAUAAAUACUGGAAGUGCGACAAUGGCGUCUCCGAACUGAAGACCUGCGGCAAUGGUCUCGCCUUCGAUGCCAACGACUCCAAAUUCCUAACGGAGAACUGUGAUUACUUGCACAAUGUGGAAUGUGGCGAGCGCACUGAGCUGGAACCACCAAUUACCACGCCACACUGCUCGCGUUUGUAUGGCAUCUUCCCCGAUGAGAACAAAUGCGAUGUGUUCUGGAACUGCUGGAACGGUGAACCAUCCAGAUAUCAGUGCUCUCCCGGCCUGGCCUACGAUCGCGAUGCCCGCGUCUGCAUGUGGGCUGAUCAGGUGCCCGAGUGCAAGAACGAAGAGGUUGCUAAUGGCUUCGCGUGCCCAGCUGCUGGUGAGCUGGCUAAUGCUGGAUCCUUCUCGCGUCACGCACAUCCCGAGGAUUGCCGCAAGUACUAUAUCUGCUUGGAGGGUGUUGCACGUGAAUAUGGCUGCCCCAUUGGCACUGUAUUCAAGAUUGGCGAUAGCGAUGGCACUGGCAACUGCGAGGAUCCCGAGGAUGUUCCCGGCUGCGAGGAUUACUAUGGCGAUGUAGACCUCAAAGCCUUAAAAAAAUUGGGCUUUUAAACAAUACAAAAAAUGAAAACAAAAAAAAAUUACCACAGAAAAAUAAGUAAAUAAAACAAAUAAAAUAAAGCACACACAAAAGCCAAGGCAGUUGGGAUAUCAGCAACCAUCCUGAAAUUGUGGCAUAAUGAGCAAGAAGCCAACAGCCAACAGCCACCAGCCAGGAAUAAGAUGCCAAAAGCAAGGAGCAGUUACAGCCGCUAUAACAGCGGGUUGAAAAAGGCUUGCCACACAGCGUUAAGUAUGCACAAAGAAUAUUAAGAAAUACUCACACACACACACACACACAAAUAUAUAUAUAAAUAUAUAUAUAUAUAUACAGCUAUAUAUUCUUAAACAGUUGACUUUAAAGACUGAAAAAAAGUAGAGACAGAGAAGCCUUACAAAUAACGACUACCCACAACUUACAUAAUGAAAGCAAAUUAAACAACGAUGAAGUAUUUAGUAUCCAAGACAAUACCCUAAAGACCGCGCAUGCUAAACCUGUAAAAUAUAUACAUAUAUUUCAUAUAUAUAUAUAAAUAUAUACCUAUUAUUAUACAUACAUAAUUGGCUUCAUUAGCACUUGCUGGAGCCACAAAAGAGUCGUAGUUGGUAGCAGAGAAAGAAAACUCAACUUUAACUUAACUUAUUAACCAAAUGUCAAAGAAUUAUUAAACACAACACAGCCGAAGCACAUACACACAUUAGUAUAUGCAAUGUAUAUAUAGCUGCCAAUUUAUAUAUUAAGCUUGAUAAAAAUAAAGAAAACAAACAAA